AUGGGUGAGCUGAAAGGUCAGGUUGGCUUCAUGGCUGCCAUGCUGGUCAACACCAUCCUGUUUUCCACCAUGUCACAGGCAAAUGGAGCCCUCUACACGCAGCCGAAGUCAAAAUGCAGCCAACGUCAUGACGACCCGGCUCCUAAACACGAAUGUUCCACGCGCUGUUCCCGCAUAACCAGCUCCUGUGACAACUUCUUCAUUGGCGACUCCUGGCCAAAAAGCAGCUUCCAAUCUUCGGAAUCUACCUGCCGGAUCUGCCACACUCUGGCGGGGGAGAAGACGCUAGUUUUCGCCACGGCCUUCAACACGCACUACCGCAUCCCUGAGUACACGGCGUCCGCCAUCACACGUGACCCGGACGUACCGGAACAGGACAGGCCGUCAUCGAGCCUGUGGGACAGAGUUCAACUCGGACUGUGUGGAAAGGAAGUUCACAGCGCCAUCAGUGACAAGUGUAAAGGACUUCAGACGGAGAGUUGGGGUGUGACCCGGAUGUCGGACAUCUGGAAGGCGACGGAAACUCGCUGCCGCCUCAGCGACCCCAGCUUUGACGACCUGCAGCAGAGCUACUGUGGCGACUGCCAGGGACUGGACAGCGACUAUUCCGGCUGUGGAAACACCUACAACCGGGGCCACAUCAACCCGAACGCCAUUAACGACAAAGAUGCAGACGUGCAGAAUGGAACCUUCAGUAUGAUCAACGUAGCUCCGCAGGACGACGACUUUAACCAGUGUGUGUGGCAACCGUACGAAUGUGCAGUUGGCAGGAAAGCAGACCAAGUCUACCAGAACGCGGAGAAAGCCGGUUCCAACAGCAAAACCCUCUACAUGAUCACGGGCACAAAGUUGGGCGGACAAACCACGUGGAUGAAAGGACGGGUGGCCAUUCCUGGGUACUUCUGGAAGGCGUUGUGCUACCCUGGGGACGAGAAGGCCGGCCUUCGUCCCUUCGGAGUCGGCUUCUACGGCCGAAACAUCGACUGUUCCACCAUGACGUCACUUCCGCUAGACGAGUUCGAGGCCUGGCUGUACGAUGGAGCGGAUGAGCAUCUCUUUCCCGGUUCAGUGUGUGCCGGACCGGUAGAUAACUGGGACGGUUUGGAUGCCCACGUAGCCGAGAUAGCUCACGACUGUAGGAAUGAACACCUCCAGGAAUCGUGUGAGAGCUCCUGGCGUGACGAACGCUGCAGCACCACCCUAGCCGUGGAACUACAACAGUUAAAGCAGGCAGAAUGCAGCCGUAGCCAAGACAGCCCGGCUCCUCAACACGAAUGUUCCACGCGCUGUUCCCGCCUCACCAGCUCCUGUGACAACUUCUUCAUUGGCGACUCCUGGCCAAAAAGCAGCUUCCAAUCUUCCGAGUCCACCUGCCGAAUCUGCCACACUCUGGCGGGGGAGAAGACGUUAGUUUUCGCCACGGCCUUCAACACGCACUACCGCAUCCCUGAGUACACGGCGUCCGCCAUCACACGUGACCCGGACGUACCGGAACAGGACAGGCCGUCAUCGAGCCUGUGGGACAGAGUUCAACUCGGACUGUGUGGAAAGGAAGUUCACAGCGCCAUCAGUGACAAGUGUAAAGGACUUCAGACGGAGAGUUGGGGUGUGACCCGGAUGUCGGACAUCUGGAAGGCUUCCGAAACUCACUGCCGCCUCAGCAACCCCAGCUUUGACGACCUGCAGCAGAGCUACUGUGGCGACUGCCAGGGACUAGACAGCGACUAUUCCGGCUGUGGAAACACCUACAACCGGGGCCACAUCAACCCGAACGCCAUUAACGACAAAGAUGCAGACGUCCAGAAUGGAACCUUCAGUAUGAUCAACGUGGCUCCGCAGGACGACGACUUUAACCAGUGUGUGUGGCAACCGUACGAAUGUGCAGUUGGCAGGAAAGCAGACCAAGUCUACCAGAACGCGGAGAAAGCCGGUUCCAACAGCAAAACCCUCUACAUCAUCACGGGCACGAAGUUGGGCGGACAAACCACGUGGAUGAAAGGACGGGUGGCCAUUCCUGGGUACUUCUGGAAGGCGCUGUGCUACCCUGGGGACGAGAAGGUCGGCCUUCGUCCCUUCGGAGUCGGGUUCUACGGCCGGAACAUCGACUGUUCCACCAUGACGUCACUUCCGCUAGACAAGUUCGAGGCCUGGCUGUACGAUGGAGCGGAUGAGCAUCUCUUUCCCGGGUCAGUGUGUGCCGGACCGGUAGAUAACUGGGAAGGUUUGGAUGCUUACGUAGCCGAGAUAGCUCACGACUGUAGGAAUGAACACCUCCAGGAAGAUUGUGAGAGCUCCUGGCGUGACGUACGCUGUGGUACCAGUGGUUGAGCUCACAGUUGAGCUUAAAACUAAUCGCGUUGCAAGCCAAAAGGUCAGAUCAACCGUCUUUUGAUCCGAUUACAGUUUCGAGUAGACGAAACAGAAACACCAGCUAAGUCAUCAAAAUAAAUCUUCCUUAUAAACCAUUUGAAUUUGAAAUUUUCGCAGUAGUAAAAACCCUAUGAUAGGAUAGAUGGCAGAUUUAAUUGAGAAUCUAUUAAUAACAGGAAAGAUUUAAACUGGUACAAAGGACUUGCUAAGGUGAAAGCAUAGAAACUUUCAGACGGCAUCCAUCAUCUUUAUUUACCUAGCUGAUGAGGGGAACCACGUGGCUAGUAGAUCGACGGAUCAACACAGGUCACAUCAGCAUUUUAAUUAUCUUCGUUAGAAGGUUAUUUUUCAAGUGCACAAUAGAUUAGGGGUUGCUGAUUUUGUAAUCGGUUAUAUCUUUGGUUGUGGUACAUUUAUUUUCAUGAUAUUUGGUAGGUAGUAUGGGAUUGGGGAAAGAAAGGUCAAUGUGAAUUUAGGGUACUCUAGAGAUUUGUAAAGUAGUGCGGCGGGUACAUGGGUAUACUAUCUUGUACAGUGGACAUGUUAUGGUCUAUGGUAGAUAUUUUUGGGCAGUAAGUGGUUUCAGCGAAAUAGCUAGUUUUUGAGCUGCUGUGGUCAUUUUUAUGACGGAAUGUGACUAGAUGUGAUAAAUUUUGAUGUUGUAGAAUCUGAUGUUUUUUUUACAGUUUUUGUAGGCAGCUUGUAUGUGUGGAAGAAGAAUGUUAAGUUCGAAUUUGGGCAUACUAGUGGCUUUCUAAUAUAUUUCAGCGGCACUUUUAUGUUUGACAUGUAGCUUAGAAUGUAGAUCAAGUAAGAUUAAGGUAUUGGAAGUAUUUUAAACAUAAUUAUGUUCACAGUCUGGGGUAACGAAUGUUUAUAAGGUUGUGGACAAUACUAGAUCAUGAAUACAGGUUCACAGGGGGGGGGGGUGUUUUUUUUUAGUAACAAAUGUUUAUAAGGUUGUUGACAAUACUAGGAUACGCUGGGAUAGGUUUUGUUUGCGGUAUUUUGCUAUUGACUUGCUAAGUGUUCUUUUUUUUAAGCUGAAGUCAUGUUUAUAGUGAAUAUGUAGGGUUGAUUAGGUCACAAUAAACAUCUGACUAUGUCGGAAAAUUUCCGUUCUUGAGUCACGUGUUUUUCUGUACUCCGACUUAUGUAUCACACGCAAUCUUUUGGUCACAAACCAGCAAAAUGAAAGUCAAACUAUACACAGCUGCACAUUCCUGACAACCCAAACUAAUCCGUGACGAACGGUAUGAAGUCAUUGACCUCUUGUUUGUAUUUUUUUAAAUGUUUUUCUGUACUAGAAACUAC